CUUGGCAAGACACCAAAAUAUAACGAGUGUUUUGGUUAAAUUUCGCCUGUACGGUAAAAAGUGACUUCUCCCCUUCCCCUGUUUCUACAAUGCCGCCGAAAGCUUCCUCCGCGUCGCGGUGGGGCCGCACCAGAUCGACGGCCAGAAAAUCUGCUCUCGAAUCCGCCGGCCGGAAACCUUCUCCGCCUCCAUCCACGUCCACCGCCGUGACCGAUUCCCCAUCGCCUCAAAAAGAUAAUCAAUCCUCUCCCUUGAUGACCUACUCUACAAAUUCUAAAAUCAGUGAGCAUCCGGAGCAAUCUCUGAGCUUCCAAGUUCCAGAAACAAACACUGGGGAAACCGGAGUUGAGUUGAACGAAGCUGACCAAGGCACGCCGCCAAAAACAGUGGAAAUUAAAGCUGUUGGGGAGCAGAAAGUAGGGCAGAGUGGUAAGAAAAAAGUGGUGAAAAAGACAGUAAAGAUUGUUAAGAAGAUUAUCAAGAGGAAAGUGCCCAAAUCUGUUGCAAAGAACAGUAAAAUGACAGACGAAUCAGAAAAAGGCCACGCAGAAACUGUUUUGGAUUCAUUUGAUGUUGAGAAAGCUAGCUCUCGAGGCACAAUUGAACCAGAAACUGUAUGUUUAGAGUUUAGUAGUGCUGCUACAGUUGGUGAGGGUGGUAACUCGGAGAAGGACAAUUUUCAGCCAAAAGAAGUUGAGGAAGGUAUUAUUGCUGUUGAGGUUAUGCUAGGAAAGGAUGGAAUGAAGGACUGUGAGGUUACUGUAGCUAACGAUAAGUUGGAGCUUCCAAUUUUGGAAUGUAAUGAUGCAAAGGAUAAUCUAGGAGGUUCCCCUGAGACAGGAAAUGUAGUUGUUGAUUCAGAAAAAGGUAAUCUCCGUUCAGUAAAGAUUGUCAAGAAGAUUGUAAAGAAGAAAGUGCCCAAAUCCGUUGCAAAGAACAGUAGAAAGACUGAGGAAUCAGAAAAAGGCAGGGAAAUUGCUGACGCAGAAACUGUUUUGGAUUCAUUAGAUGUUGAAAAAGCUAACUCUCGAGGCACAAUUGAACUAGAAACUGUAUAUGUAGAGCCUUGUAAUGCUGCUACAGUUAGUGAGGGUGGUGACUUUGAGAAGGGCACAUUUCAUCCAGUAGAAGUUGGGAAAGGUACUAAUGCUGCUGAGGGUAUCUUAGGAAAGGAUAGAAUGAUGGACUCUGAGGUUAGUGUAAACGAAGGUAAAUUACAGCUUCCCAUUUCAGAAAAUAAAGGUGCCAAGGACAAUAUAGGUUUACCCGAGACAGGAAACACAGUUCUUGAUUCAGAAAAAGGUAAUCUUCGUCCAGUAAAGAUUGUCAAGAAGAUAGUGAAGAAGAAAGUCCCCAAACUUGUUGCCAGGAAAAGGGGGAAAAAGGAAGAAUUGGUGAAAGGUAGCAACAAUGGGGAUGCAGAAACUAUUAUGGAUUCAGCAGGCGUUGAAAAAUCUAAACCUAGUCCUCCAGAAACUGAAAACCUAGAAUCUUGUAAGGAUGUUUCAGCUGAAAAUGAGGAGUCAAAGAAACAUAGUUUACAUCCGAUGGAAGUUGAGAAGGCUGAGUGUGUUAGUGAGUUUGGUGCAACUGAAAACACAUUAGAGGCUUGCAUGUUGGAAUGCAAAGAUAGUAUUGUUGAGAAUGAUAAUAUGGAUUCCCUUGAAACACAAAUUGUAGUUCUUGAUUCAGAAAAAAAUAGUCUUAAUGUUUCUACUAGUGAUAAUGUGGAUUCGAGUAAGGAUCAAAAUUUGGUUCAGUUGGUAGAGGAAGGGUGCGGUCAAGGCAGAGAGGAGACAAAGGAAGCUGUGGAUACUAGUCUGAGGUUGAAUGAAGGAAUUCUAUUGAGUGGGGAAAUGGAGGCAUUAGAACGGAAAAAGAGGCGGAGGACAGAGAUUUUCAUUGGGGGAUUAGGCAAGGAGUCAAAGGAAGAGGAUAUUAGGAGUAUCUUUGGUGAGGUUGGUGAGGUUGUGGAUGUAAGAUUGUUGAUAAAUCGUGAAACAGGAAAGAACAAGGGGUUUGCUUUCCUCCGGUAUGCUUCUGCUGCUGAUGCAAAGAAGGCUGUAGAAAGAUAUUCCAAAGUUGAGAUAUCUGGGAAGCAAUGUCGUGUAUCCCUUGCUGAGGGUAAUGACACAAUAUACCUGGGUAAUAUUGACAAGAAAUGGAAGACUGAAGAUGUGAUUGAUCUACUGAAGAAGGCUGGAAUUGAAAAUAUCGAUAAGGUCACAGUUAUGGCUAAUCCUAACAACAUCGAGCAGAAUCGAGGGUUUGCAUUUGUUGAACUUGAAACAAGUAAAGAAGCUCAGAUUGCUUUCAGUAAACUCCAAAAGAAGGAUGCUUUUGGGAAACACAUGAACGUAAAAGUUGCAUGGGCACAGCCUUUAAUUGAGCCAAAUGAAGAAGAACUGCUAAAGGUUAAAUCAGUUUAUGCUGAAUAUUUACCUUCCUCAUGGAUUGAAGAAAAAGUGCGAGACUACUUUGGCAAAUUUGGUGAAAUUGAGAGUGUUGUUCUUGCAAAAGAUCUUCCUUCCUCAAGGAGAAAAGAUUUUGCCUUCGUCAAUUAUAUAAGCCGCGAGUCUGCUCUUGCGUGCAUUGAAGGAUUCAGUCAUGAACCAGCUAAUGACAGCGGAUCCAAGGUAAGCAUUAAGGUAUCUCUUGCUAAACCCAUGCCAAAGAGUAAGCAAACUAAAUGUGUAACCCUUCCUACUAGAAGGGAACCUCCGGAGGAGAAGAAAAUACAGGACCAUUCCAUCUUGAAGAGGCAUGAACCCAGCAGAAAGGUAAACUACAUGAGAAGAUAUGAUGAGGAUCACAGAGUUGGAGGAUCUUCUUCUACAACCAAUGAACUUCUGCACCUCUUGAGACAACAAGGGCCAGUUCGUCAGCUCCAUUCCGGUUUGAACAUGGGUUCAGGUAUUAACCAUCAGUACUCGUUAUCUGGAAGCAAGCGACCGUUUUCAGCUGUAGUACAUAAUCCACACCGUAUGGAUUCCAGUGGAGUUUCUAGAGUGCACUUAGAAAGCUCUUUCCCUACUGCAAACCGAAGUAUGUUGCCACAUAGUCGUGGACCUCUGGGUACACCAUCUUUUGCCUAUUAUGGCCAGCUUGGCAGUGACCAUUCACCAGGUUCAGUUUAUGGGGUCCAAAGCUUUCCGAAUUCUUUUCAGUUACUUCAAGUGGUUUAUACAACCUGAUUAUUCACCUGCAAGAAGUUCUUAAGCUCAGGAAACUAACUCCUCAGGGAAGUACAUCUUGAUGAUACCUAUUUUGUAAAGGAUGAUAAGCUCUAGCUAUUUAUCUUUGUUGCUCAACUAGAAUUUCUUAAAUGUAUUUGAUAAAGUACCAUACAUACAUUAUUAUUAAUUUAUUUUAAUCAGACCCUCAGCCUAAUUUUUUCUCCUUUGUGAGUUGUAUUUAUAGACAAUUCUCCUUUUUUUUUUGAACAUUAAAUGAAGAUUGAGAUGCUAGAGACCGACGUUUCUGUGUUUUAGAUCGGCACAUGG